AUGGAGCCAAAGCCGAACGCCCCAUUGGACAUGGCAAUGAGCGACCCAAUCUCUCUCUCUCUCUCUCUCUCCCUCCUGUCUCUCUGGACAGACUCUGGAUUGGGAAUUCGGGCAGAUGCCGAUGCCGGCUACGGUUUCUGUCCUUGUCACACAACUCCUCACAUUCCUGCAGUCUACAGCGGGCCAAGGAGCCGGGCUGCUGACGAAAUCCCAGGCCAAUGGCAACAGCUGCAUGAUGCCACGCCGCGGCUCUCCGAGUUGGCCGCAUAUCCCGGCACUCACCCCAGGGACACCAGUCCCAACUAG